CGCGCUCGGCCAGACCAACCGUGGCCUCCGAGCGCAGUGCACCUACACCAUACCUAGCCGCCCCGCGGAGAAAGGAACUGCAACUUACGACAUCCGCGAACCGACAUCAACAUGAAGAUAUUACCUCUUAUCAUGCUGCUGGCGUGUGUGGCGUGGCAGGUAUCGGCGCGCGCGCAAGAUGAAGUUGAGCCAAGAGCGUCGCCUUCCCGCGGCCUGCUGAAGCGAGGGCUGGCAAAAAAGCCCUCGACGACGACCACUCCCGCUCCUCAGGAAGAGGAAUACGAAGAUGAAGGUGACUAUCCUGCCGAGGGAGAACAGGAGCCAUCCACAGAGGCGCCGCCCUCUUCCACGGAGGGCAAGAAACUUGUAGGCGGAGGCGUCAGGCCUUUCCGCAGCAACACUGACCUCCUCGAGACUUUGAAGAGAAGGAGAGCACAGGCUGCUGAAGCUAAGCACUCCAGCCACGCUCCCAUUGCCGCCGCCUCGCAGUCGGAGGAUGCCCCAACAGAAGCGCCUCCCAAGGGUAACUUCAGUAAGAAGAGGUUCAACAACGCCCCACCUGCGCGUGAGGCAACGUACGACGACGCACCUGCUCCCUCCAAGCCCAGCAGGGGGCGUUUCGGCAGACCGGCCGCACGGUCUAUCCCUGAACCCGAGAACGAGGAGCAGAAUGACGCUGCUCCUCCCACCAGGACUGGCAGGGGAUUCUCUCGAAGGGGGGGCUACUAAGUCCUAAAAAUACUCAUGUAAUCUAAUUCCUAAAAUCCUAUUCCCUAAUAUUCAACAUGGAGAAGCGAGACUAAUGACACCUUCAUGGCAUUCUCUUCAUUGCAUUUGGACAAGUAGUUAUUGAAAAACUGAUAUUCUUCAUGUAAUACUGACAAAUGACGAACAUAAAAGGAAAUUAGCUUUUUUAUACUUUUUUAUUCUCAAAUUAUUUUUUCACUACAUUCUUAGUUUUUCAAUUUUUCACUCUCCGAUAGAAUGACUCCAGAGGUGAUGUAAAUAAUAGUGCUGAUCAUAGUCUGCGCCGAUGGAAAUGGGAUAUCUUGCGAAUGCUUAAGGACGACUAAGAUUGGCCCCGAAUUGUCUUGUCCUUAGUGAUAUCAAUAGGUUUAUUGCUAACUCAGUCAGUGCCUGAGUUAGGGGAAAGGCCCAGGGACUGACUGAGAUAAGUGCUAGAACUAUACCUAAGUCGUAUCACAUUCGACCCGGAAAGGGAUCGUAACCGUUUCAACUCGAAGCGGUCAGUAAAUUCUUUGUAUGAAACUCCAUACUGCAACGCACACUUAUCGUAACGUAAACGCCUCGCCUCGCGGUUGACAGCGCCUUGUUGAUCACAUUCAGAGUUGAUAAAUCUGCUAUGACCUUAAAAUCACUGAGACAGUUCAAUCUACUAAGUAGAUUAAGAUCAUCUCAUUCGCAAAAAACAAUCCUUUUGGAACGGACUGUGGUUACCUCUCUGACAAUAUUAUAAACGCUUAAUAAUUCCAUGUUUUCUAUCUUUAUGUUUCUUUAAUUUGUGUAUUCAAUUUAAUUUAUUUUAAACUCUGCCUAUUAUUACUAUAUGACAAAGCCGAAUUAUGGCUGAAAGAUCACUAUGUUUUACAUUGUCUCUGGCGACCACAGAGAAUACCUCUAGGGAUUAUUAGUCAGUCGCAGAAGUAUUUUGUUACACAUGCGAAAUGGAUCUCAAUCGUUCGUAUAAUUGUCUCUCUCACUCGUUCAUACGUGUUUUCAACACCAAAGAUGAGACAAACAAAAUAAACAUUUCGCUGUGAAAGAAAGUGUUCAAGCCUCCGUGAUCCUCCCGUAUAAUAAGUAAACUGCCAUGUAUUUUAGUCUGGCUGAGGUUUAAAAUGAAUUAUUACAUGUUAAUAAGUACCUACUUUCUAUUUUUCUAUUGUAAAUUA